CUGGCAAACAGCCGCCCUGCUGCCGCCUCCGCGUACCGCAUCGCCGAAUGAGCCGCUCCGCUGCUCCUUGACACACGCACCACGCACCUGCGUACAGCGCAGCGACACGCCAGUCACAGGAGCGAUUAUCUCGCUAGAUAGAAGAGAAGGGCUACAGACGACACAAUUUGUCUUAUUAAGUCCGACGUUCCAGCCCAUCCCUCAUACCCGCACAACGUUGACGGAAAAGCUUUCACUCUGUGACUCAUAUUGGACCAGACGACUGGACCUCCACAGCGACAGAAGAUGUCGUCCAAAUGGUGCGCAAUGUCUGUGACAGCUUCUCUUACGCUGAUGGUUGGAAUGGUUUUGGCAAACGCCGAAUUACCGUUUCAGCAGAAGCAGACGCUGCAGCUGAAGAGCUUCUCGGAGUGUGAGGACCGCGGCACGGACGAGCUGCGCUUCGCGGUCACCCAGCACGGCGGCCUCUUCUCGGGCAGCAUCGUCUUGAAGCGGCCGCUGGACAGCAAGGUGCAGGCGGUGACAGAGAUAUCGCGUUGGAUGGACCGUCCUAGUGAGUGGGGCCGCACGUUCCACAUCCACCGCAUCGCUGACGCGUGCCGCGGCUUCCUGGGGAUAGUCCCCAGCUUCGGACGGUCCAUAUCCGAGUGCAUGGGCAUCGAAGAGGUCUGUCCGGUGCCUGCGGGCGUGUACACGCUGGACAACUGCGAGCUGAGGCUCAGCAACGUGAGUCGCCGCCUGCCGCCGGGGGAGUUCCGCCUGGCGGUCUCCCUGAAGAACGCCACGCACCUGUUGGGCCGCUUCAACAUCGUCGUCGAGGUGGACAGCCCCAGGCCCGAGUAGCGGCGGCGUCGCCACCGCCGUGGGACUUCUCGUCGCACAGGGAGACAUGGCGGCAGGCGCAGCCUAGGACUCGUCUGUUAACAUCGAAUGUCUCGAUAAAAAAAAAAAAAAUAAAGCAGAAGUGCAUUACCGUGUAAAGCCAUACACUUCUGUAAUGAAUUCUGUAAUAUAAUAUUUAACAGUUUGUAAAAAUGACUAUGCUCGAUAUUUAAAAGGAAUCACUUUGCCUAUUUUCUUUUUUUUUACGGUUAUGCGAUGUAAAUUAAAACUCUUUCGCGAAAAA